AUGUCAUAUAACGUUCCCGAAGUGCCCACCGACGAACUCAAGCAAGAAAUCCCUAUGGACGAGAGUAAAAUCCAUGAAGUCGAUCAUGCCGUGGCUGAAAUUGACCCGGCUGUGGAGAAGCGGGUUCUAUGGAAGAUCGACCGAGUCAUCAUGCCUCUGGCCAUAUUGGUAUACUUCUGUCAGUACCUCGACAAGAGAGGUUUGGCUUUUGCCGCUAUCUUCGGUCUGAAGAAAGACUUGAAUCUCAAAGGUCAAGACUAUUCCUGGGCCUCAAGUAUUUUCUACUUCGGUACUCUCGCUUCUCAGCUCAUUUCGAUCAAGAUUCUGCACAUGUUCUCCAUCAAAAUUUACGUUGGAGUCACCGUCGUAUUAUGGGGCGGAGUCAUGAUGGCACAGGCUGCGCCUCAGAAAGCCGCCGACCUAUUGGCCGUUCGAUUUUUGUUGGGUUUGAUGGAAGGUUCAGCCUACCCUGCCUUCGUCUUGAUGAUCUCCUUCUGGUACCGAAAGGCGGAACACCCAUCCAGAUUCGCUAUGUUGGCCGGUGCCGACAUCUUCGCUCAAGGUCUCGGUGGUCUUUUCCUAUAUGGCCUCAGUUCAAUCAAAGGUCAUAUCCAUGGAUGGAGGAUCGCUAUGCUUAUCGCUGGUGCAAUGUCCAUCUGUAUUGGUCUGGCUUUCGCCUACUUGAUUCCAGCUGAUAUGAAAGGCGCAUGGUUCCUUACCGCUGAAGAGAAGCAAAUUGCUCACGAUCGAGUUGCCAGGGAACAUGCUUCAGCCCACGAACGGCAUUUCCAAUGGGACCAAUUCUGGGAGACUAUGAAGGACCCAAAGUUCUACUUGGUCUUCUCCUGGGCUUUCCUUCUUUGCGCCUGUACUGUGCUCAAUUUCGGUACCCUUAUUCUCAACGGUCUAGGUUACUCGAGCUUCAUCACUACGGUUCUCCAACUUCCAGCUUGUGCGAUGCAAGCCACUUGCUUGAUCCUCGCCACUCUGUCUUGUAGGAAAUUCCCCAAUCACAGAGGGUAUAUACAAGCUGUUUGCGCCGUGGUUCCUCUGGUCGGAAGCAUCUUACUUCAAGUCUUGCCUUUCGAAAAUAAAUGGCCGCUUGCUGGUUCUCUUUGGCUCACCACCUGCAACUACCACAUCUUAUCGGUCAACUUGUCAAUCAUCUCAUCCAACAUCAAAGGUCACACUCGAAAAACCCUUUUCUCCACAGUUUACUACCUCGGUUACGCCACUGGAUGUAUUGUUGGUCCUCAACUCUUCCGAGAUGAACAAGCGCCUCUGUACAAGACAGCCAUGAGAGCCAUCUCAUCCAUGUACGGAGUUUACAUCGCGUUCAUGCUCCUGUUCAUGGUGCUUUGUAAGAUGGAGAACAGCCGAAGAGAUCGACUGGCAGCGGAGGGUAACGAAGAAGCUGUUCCUCGUCCGGCCGCCAACUACGAUAACAAGACUGACAAGCAGGAUUUGAGUUUCCGAUACGUCCUUUAG